CAAUUAUAAAUAUAAAAGAUAAAAGAAAAAAUUCUGGCUAUAUUACAGCUUUUGAUAAAUUUAGGAAGAUCACAAAUUUUGCAAAUGAAGAUAAAAAGAAAUAUCAAUUAUUAGAUAACGCACUUGAAGAAGUCUAUUUAAAAUUAACAAACAAGGAGAGAAAUGAGAAAGAUGAUAAUGAUAAUGUGAUCAAAAAUCCAUUGAAAGUAAAAACUAAAGGAC